GCACUUUUAACACCUUUCGAAAUAAAGCUUUUAGUAGCAAGUAGCCCUAUGAAAUUUCAAAAUUUUUUUUUUUAACUAUCAAAAUUUUAGGUAAAAUUGUUAGAAUAUGCACAAGACCUGGAAUAAGCCGUUUCAUAAGCGCAAAAUGUGGAAGAACGUAUCGAAUCCAGGAAAGAUGGUGUACUACAUGCAGCCAUUGGUGGAGCACUUGUUCGAUAUCUGGAUGCAACCACUGCCCUUCCCCACGCUCCUGAAGUUCGUCUAUAGCUGUGUCCUGCUCUUCUUCAUCAUGCUGCCGAUCCUGUACCCGCUGCUCGUCCUGCUGCUCUACUACGGCAUUCUGCAGUACGCGGGCGAGCGGCACUUCGGGGUGGUCCCGCCGGACAACUGGGACCUCCUGGGGGCCGCCUCGCACCUGUGGCGCUUCCAGGUGACCAACAAGAAGUAUCUGCUGUUCGUGACCAUGUACAUCGAUCGGUACCGCGUCAUUAUAACCGCCAUAUCUUCGACAGUCGACUAUAUGCGCAUGGCUCUGUGCUUCGUCUUCAGCUGAGCCAGAAUUGCGAAAUAGCCGAUCCAUAUUUGCCAAUCCCGAUUUCUUACUGGGACGAACUGUAAGAUCCUUUAAAAAAGGUCACUCGACGAGCAUCUUCUGGCUUAAUGUAAAUUUAGAUACUCCAUUUGGUUUCUAAAUUAUUUUUUCUUUGAAAUGUUAUUGCGGUUGUUGAAAAAUCCUUUUAUGAAAAAGUUGAAGUUUAAUGUACACAAUUCAACAGUGUAACUACAAAAGCCGUAAUUAAUUUAGGGAGGAAUUUUUUGUCAAUAAAUAUAAUAGGAC